AUGACGCAGGGGAGUUGGCGGUGGCAGUGCGAGUGCAGGGGACGUGAUGGCAUGGAAAAAGCCUCCGAGUUGGGGACGUCGGAGCGGCGGCUCCGGGUUUGGUGGUGUGUUUGGUCGUCGGCGGUCUGGUUUCGUGUGGACGUUGAGGCCCCGACUAUUGUGCGGUUUUCGGCCGGUUUCCCUCAUAAACUCGGCCACUUUACAAACAAAUAUAAUGCAUCAAGCCAAGGCGGCUGCCCGGGUUCACUGGAAAUCGAAGGCAAGAGGUCCCGCCGCUGCGGCAAAGCAGAAGCGAAAGGCAGCCACCCUCCGCCGCACGAUUCCUCUACCUCCCCGCUCGCGCUGUUAACCUCUUCGACAAAUGCGGCUACACCUGAUGAAUCUAGUCGGUGGAUGCGGCGGGGGCGGUCGCAGCGAGGGCGCUGAAUCGGUGGCUGGAAAUCGCCAUCAUCAGCAUCGUGAUAGGGGUGUUUCUGCCAUGGUACCCUGGGUCUCCUCAAGCUUGUCAUCAUCUGCUCCGCAACAAGUAAUUUUCGUCAACCAUCUGAAU